AUUUUUGAACGCGAAAUCUGUCGACACAACGCAACCGCACAACAGGAACGCUUUCCCUUCUUUUUGAUUGCAUUGAAAAGAAAAGAGAACAGCAUUUGCUUCUGUCUGCUGUAUUGGUGCUUUAUAGUAACUGAUACUUGAUACUCUUUCCCGUACUUUGAAUUCCUGAUGUCUCGAUUUUUCGCCGGUGGGUCGUCAGAUAGCGACACGUCCUCGUCCGACGAGGAGCUGUACUCUGAUUCGGAGGAGGACCAGUCCGGACAGGACCAGUCCGACAACGAUUCCGAGGACGACGAUGACGAGGAUGAUGACUCUGACAUGGGUUCGGACGACGACGACUCUGACUCUGGGGACGAGGAGGAAGGGCCCGGGCGGUUUUUGAAGGCGGGCGCGAAGGCGGGUGCGUCGCGGUUCUUGCGUGGAGAGGAGAGUGAGGAGAGUGAUGAGGAUGAUUCGAAGAGAGUUGUCAAGAGUGCGAAGGAUAAGCGGUUGGAGGAGAUUGAUAGCAUUAUCCGGACAAUUGAGAAUGCAAAGAAGAUUAACGACUGGGUCUUGAUUUCGAAUGAAUUCGACAAGCUCAACAAGAUCAUCUCCAAGGGUAACCAGCAGACCGACACGCCGCGGAUGUACAUCAAAGCGAUCGCUGACCUGGAGGACUUCAUGGCGGACACGAUCAAGACCGAGAAAGAGUCCAAGAAGAAGAUGAACGCGACGAACGCGCGCGCGCUCAACUCGAUCAAGCAGCGCAUACGCAAGAACAACCGCACGUUCGAGGACCAGAUUGCAAAGUACCGCGCUGAUCCCGAAGGGUUCGAGCAGGAAGGCGAGGCGGCUGCCGACGCUGCUGCUGCUGCUGCUGCUGCUGCCGCUGCCGCGCCCAAGAUGCGCAAGGGUGCGGAGUUUGAGGCCGCGGCUGCUAUGGCGGCCGUCAGACAGGCCAACGCGGAGACCGCUGACGAGGGCGAGUUCUCGACGAUUGGCAGGGGCGGGCGCACGAUCGCCAUCACGGCCGAGAGUAUAUUCAAGCAGCUGCGCAGCAUUCUUGAGGCGCGUGGAAAGAAGAACACUGAUCGCACGGAGCAGAUUAGGAAUAUGGAGAAGAUGAUGGAUGUCGCUGAUACUGUCUACCAGCGCAUACGUGUCUUGCUUGUCUUGAUCUCUACUCGCUUUGACCUCACUACUUCGACCGCCUCGUACAUGCCCAUUCCGCAGUGGAAAUCUGCGCAGGAGGAGAUCUCGAAGCUUCUUGAGAUCCUUGAGGCCAACCCGCUUUACAUUGUGACUGAGGCGGCCGAGGACGUCGAGGACGAGGACGAGGCUGAGCCUACGCCGAAGGACGGCGAGCCGGUGAAGAUCUUUGGCAGCAUAGCCUCUCUGGUUGAGCGGUUAGAUGACGAGCUGACGCGGUCGCUGCAGAACAUCGACCCGCACACGCCGGAGUACAUUGAGCGCCUGAAGGAGGAGUCGCUUCUAUACACGACGAUCGUGCGGACGCAGCUGUACUCUGAGCGCAACGGUCUCGAGAGCAGCACCAGCCGGGUGCUUAUCCGCCGACUAGAGAUGCUGUACUACAAGCCCGAGCAGCUGAUCACUGCGAUCGAGCAGACGGCGUGGACGUCGCUGCCGAGCGAGCUCAAGUCCGAGAUCACUCCGUACACUGCGGACGAGAAUGCCUCUGAUCUGAUCCACUCGAUCUGCGCGGCGCUGUACAAGCAGGACAACCGACUUUACCGCACGCGCGCGAUGCUGUGCCAGGUGUACCACCACGCGCUGCACAACCGGUACUUCCACGCGCGCGACUUGUUGCUGAUGUCGCACUUGCAGGCGACGAUCCACACGGCCGACAUCCUGACGCAGAUUCUGUACAACCGAACGCUUGUGCAGGUCGGCCUGUGCGCGUUCCGCGAGGGCAUGAUUCCCGAGGCGCAGCAGGCGCUGCAGGAGAUUUCGGGCACGGGCCGCGUGAAGGAGUUGCUUGCGCAGGGCGUGCAGAUGCAGCGCUACGGGCAGACGUCGCCGGAGCAGGAGCGCAUCGAGCGCCAGCGCCAGAUCCCGUUCCACCAGCACAUCAACCUCGAGCUGCUCGAGUGCGUGUACCUUACCUCGUCGAUGCUGCUUGAGAUCCCGUUCAUGGCGCAGUGCGGCAGCGCGCCGGACGCGAAGAAGCGCGUGAUUUCGAAGCCGUUCCGUCGGAUGCUCGAUUAUCAUGAGCGCCAGGUGUUUACGGGACCGCCCGAGAACACGCGCGACCACAUCAUGCAGGCGUCCAAGGCGCUCGCGACGGGAGACUGGGCGCGCGCGCGGGAGUUGAUUCGCGCGAUCAAGAUCUGGGAACUCAUGCCGGAGACGGAGAGUAUCAAGGACAUGCUGAGCGAGAAGAUCCAGGAAGAAGGUCUGCGAACGUACCUGUUCACCUACGCGCCGUUCUACGAAACCCUCUCGAUCGCGAACCUGGCGGGCAUGUUUGACAUCUCCGAGCGUAAAGCCACCGCGCUUGUGAGCAAGAUGAUUUCAAACAACGAGGUCGCGGCCGCGCUUGACCAAAAGACAAACGCGAUCGUGUUCACCGCGGGCGUGGAGUACUCGCGGCUGCAGAACCUGGCGCUCGCGUUGUCGGAUAAGGCUGUGCAGUUGCUCGAUAGCGUCAAGUACCGAUGAGCGGUGGGUUAAAAAAGUGCUGUGUUUUUGUCGUCAUUUAAUCGUCAUGUGCUCGUUCUUUAUUUUUGAUCAAAAUUUGUUGCGUGUUUUUAGUUCCUCUAGUUUCUCUCAUGCUCUCAUGAGAAGAACAGGAAUUGUUGUUCUUUCAUCUUACAAAAUUGUGCUUUAGAUGUUUUGUUUAGUCAAAUAUAACCUAACCAUGAUUA